GUGUGUGUGGCUGUCUGUGUCUUUUGGUUGCUGGUUCAUUGCUUGAUCUCUCGCGCUCCCCACACAAAUGGAGGUUUUCAGACCGGGCUUUAUUGAGGGGGUGAUUGCAUUGUCUGCUUGGGGUUAUUGCAGAGUCACUUCAGGCUGCAGUUGGAUAGUGGCUAAGUGGCUGUAUCCGCUGUGAGAUGAUGCUGGUUUGUGAUUGAUGAGAUAAUUUGUGCGGAUUUGAUCCUUGGGAGUCUUUGAGCAAGAGACAGACUUGAUGGUGUUGACAUACUGAGUAGAUAUAAUGCUGGCAGCAUUUCUGGAUCAGGAACCAAAACCACCCAAACCCCCUCCUCCCAUCCCCAACCGUACCACAGAGACUCCCCCCGGUGGUGAUUUCCACUGCAGCGGCCCCUCCGUCUCUUCAACCAAGGUUCUUCUUUCAUCGGGGUUCAUUAUUAUUCUUAUUAUUUUGAAGAAGUGUCGUUAGUUGGAACAGACUAUUGUUGUCAGUGCCAGUCACCUCCUACUGACUAUCUUUAUCCUCCUCAACUGUCCAUGGUCUUAUCUGCUGCCUCCCUCCGUAUCGAUAACUGACCUUCCCCUCCCCCCCAUUUAUUAUUGCUCCACGGCGAUUCAG